GUGCCGUGUCAUCACCACGCAUGCGGAGCAGCUUUAAGGAUUGCAAAUGCAAUUAUUUCCCUGAAGUGUUGACAGAGGGAUGUGUCGAGAGAAUGAGCUGAAGAAGGAUUGAUGAAGAUGAACAAGGAUAUAGUAAUGUGAUAUUUGUGCAUAGUUCAUAGUGAUGUCGAUGUGAGGCUUGGUGGGAGGGAGAAAGGAUGAGCUGCUCUCAGAUCGCCAAAUAGGUCCUGAUGAGCGGGAGCGCGAUGCUGCAGGGAGCGCAAAUCAGCGAGCGAUCAUUGGCCGCUUCCUUUGGGACGGUGGAAGAACCCGCGGCCUGCUAGGGGCCCCGGUUAUACCGCAAUGCCACAUGGGCCGAGAGGAGGGAGAGGUAGAGGAGAGCAGGAGGGGAGGAGGGAGGAAGGUAAAAGCAAAUGAUUAAAAAAGGGAAUAUUUAAAACAGGCUCUUUGGUGCACUUAAGGUUUACUUUGACUGGACAAUCAAAUCUGUUCUCAAUGUGCUGUGUGAAUUAAAGAGGACUGCAUCAGUCUUAGCAGCAGGGUUAUAACAUCAGCUGAAGUGAGUUGGAAGGGGGGUGCUUGAUUCUCAGCUUUCUGCUGACCAAGUUCUUGGACUAACUGACCAGACUGGAUUUGCAACUCAAAGCGGUUUAAGGAAUGAAUUGACACACAGUUAUGCCAGCAUUCACCUCUGCUCCUUCCAUGCUCUGCUUUUCUGUGGUUUAACCCACACUAGUUGUGCACAAUAAACAUCUCCCAGCCUCUUCAUACACACACACAUCCAUAUAGACAAGCAAAGCAUGCCUUCACCUUCAGACUCCAGCAGUGUGGCCUCAGCCUCUGGAUCUCGCGGUUGGUCUGACAGCCGCAGAGGCAUGUCAGGGAGGGGUCCCGGUGGGGCCCGUUUGCUUCUCUACCUUGGUCUGUGCCACCUGGGACUAGGAGCCAUGGUCCUGGCCUUCUCCUUUACCAGCAUGGCCUUCACCUCGUCUGCACGCGUGAGGCAGUCUUGUCCGUUCUGGGCUGGCUUCUUUGUGGUGGCAUCAGGGGUAGUAGGAAUAAUCUCAUGGAGAAGACCUCUAACACUGGUGGUGUCGCUGUUCAUGUUGCUGUCUGCAGUCUGUGUGAUCCUCAGCCUGGCCGGCUCAAUGCUCUCCUGUCAGAAUGCACAGAUGGUCAAGUCUAUGCUCACCUGCAAGGUGGAGAAUGGUGUGUGUGUGUGUUGUGCAAACACAAAGCCUUGCUCCAUGGGGGAUGAGGAUACCCUGGUUCUUUCCCUAAAUGUGGACUGUCACUCAGUCAGACAUCAAUUAAAGGAUCUUUUGUUCAGUGCAUGUGGUCUCAGCAUUCUCUCCACCAUAAUUUGUACGCUGUCGACUGUGACUUGCAGUAUCCACAUAUUCUCCCUGGACCUCGUGCACCUGCUUGCCCCUCAUCGCUCCCGGUCUGUCAACCCAGAAUGCACCACUCCACAAGAUGCCUUCCUCACAAACAUCAUGGACUUUGAGGAGUUUGUCCCCCCAAUCCCUCCACCCCCCUACUAUCCUCCUGAAUACACCUGCAGCUCAGAGACAGAUGCUCAAAGCAUCACCUAUAAUGGCUCUAUGGAGAGUCCUGUUCCAUUAUACCCGACUGACUGCCCCCCUCCUUAUGAAGCUGUGAUGGGCCAAAGAGCUGCCAGCCAGGCAACCGUAUUUGAUGGCCAGGGUACGGAGCUUUCUGGAGAGAGAGGAACUUCUACAGCCUUCAGUGGAGAAGUAUCUAUGGAUAGUGGAUCUCUGUUGAUGUCCGAGAUUGUGGACAUCCCUGAUGAUUCCUCCCCUUCUGAGGACUCCUGUUUAAUGGAGGUUGGGAUCAGGACACAUGGGGGCAACAGGACAGGUGCUGACCGGGGGGAUGCAAUGUUCCGUGGUCCACAGUAUCAUACGCCAGAGAGUCCGCUAGCAGGAGGACCAAGGGCCAGGCGGUUCCUGAGAGGGGAAAGGUCUAAUUCCUGCUCCUCACCUAGCACAGCCACCAACACAUAUAGGUCUCCAGUGCUUCACCGCCAGGCUAUGUUUGCCAGUAGCUGUUCCCAGCUUGAAGCAAUAGGAAAUUCUCCUAAUCAACAGGAACAGCUCAAUCCAGAGAUUCAAGUGAACCUCACCGACCCCUCAGACCAAGAUCAUGUCCCAGCAACCUAUGUUAUGCCUCCUUCAACAUCCUCGGCAAACAGUGAGCAUGAAAACAGACUACGCCCUCCCCAUGGACUCCUUUACCUUCGACGAAAGGCUGAGAGGAGUGAAAAAAAUGGCGGGACUGUUAGAAGACAGAGAGAAGGCUUUUUACGUCUUGUGAGGUCGCACAGUGAGCCAGGCCUCGGCUCUUCGACAGACACUGUUGACUUUGGAUCUGGGGGGAGCAAAGUAUCUACAGACGCGGCUCCAUCUUCCGAGGCAUGCUUGUUGCCUCCCUCUCCUAUGACUCCUGCCGCAGCUUUGCCAAGUAAAGGCGGCAAUAAGUCAGCAGCCACAGAGGUGCAAAUCCCACCUAAACCUGCACCCACCUCACCUAUACAUAUACCUAAAGACUACCACCGCUCUCUAGGAGACCUAAAGGUUACCCGGGUUCUGGUUGCCCGCUUCUUGCAGCGCUCCAAACGUAACCUAGCACUGUCCUCUGAACAUGGUGCGAACACAGGACAGGGGUCUAAGAGGAGAAGUGGAGUAGAGGCAGCUGGCCCUGACCACCUCCCCUCUGAACAAGUAACACGGAGCCUUUGGAGCACUAGCCGAGGACCCUCCCAUCACCCUCAUCGCCGUGGACAUCACCAUUCCCAUAGCGACAGCCGGCACAACCGGCAACACAGCAGCCGGACGCCAGAGGGCAUCCACCUGCGCAGCUGCGGAGAUCUAAGCUCCUCCACUUCGUCGUUACGCAGACUAAUGACGCCUCAUCCACCACAUGGGUCAUCAGGAGCGCUCUACUCUGAGUCUGCACUGUGACAAGUAAAGAAGGACCAAAGAGGAUGACAACACGCCAAGAUCUUGCAUAAGUGAAAACAUUCAGAGUUAAUUUUUCAAACCUCCCCUCAUUUUUCUCUUCCUCACCUACCCUUCGGGGUUUACUUCAGUAGUACUGCAAAUUGACUUUACAUGAGCUGCAGCUUACUUAACCAAGAAGGACAAAAAUGAUCAAAAGAGAAGGACCACUAUCGAUUCAAUAAGCCUCUUGCAAAAUAGUGGGUUGCAAUUUAUUUCUCAUCUUUUGUUUUAAAUUUGAUGUUAUAUCCCUACAUCACUAAGGUGGAAAGACUGAGGAAAUCCCCGUUUUGUCUUCCAUAUGUAUUAACAGAAAGGCCACCAGAAGCAGAGUCAGCAUAACACAGUGUCUUGCAAAGGUAUUCAUACCCCGGGAUAACUCAAGUGACUUUUUCCCUUAGAUUUACAUUUAAACUAUGUUGUUUAUUUAUAAUCAGAGGACCAAAAGCAGCACUUUGUUGGAACCCACUUUACUCUGAUUGCAGCCCUCUUUUGAUUUUUUGGAAAGCAUUCCAAUCUGAGUCAGAAUGGAUAGGAACAAACUGUAAAAAGCAACUUUUAAGUCAUUCGACAGAUUCUCAUUUGGGUUUCAGGCUGGCCUUUGACUGGACCAUUCUAACACAACAAUAGUCUUCAAUCCAAACAAAUUAUAUCUGGCCUUAUAUUAACUUUUUUCCCCAGCUUUUAUUAUCAUGACACUGUCACAAGUACAGAGCAACGAAAUGAACUCUCUACAUUUAACCCAUCCCUAUGGUGAGCAGUGGGCUGCAAUUGUGCGGCACCCGGGGAACAGUGUGGGGGAGGGGUCUUUGCUCAGGGACCCAGAGUUGUAGUCUGUAGGAGUGGGGCUUGAACUCAGAAUGUCUGGAUUCCAAGCGCAAUGCCCUAACCAGGAGGCCACUACUAAGCUUUAUAUUUAGAUCACUUUCCUGCUGAAGCUUCAUAUUAUUAUAUUAUUCACCCUCUUAUUAAGUUGGAUAAUUUUUCCUCACCCUAAUCCAUUUCCAACAGUAUAUUUUUUGCUCAUUCUUCCAGGUACAAAUUUUUACUUUCCUUACUUAGAGUUGAUCUGGCAAUUCAAAUACCAUUAAUAUAUAUUAAAGAUAAAUGCCAGAACAGGUGAAAGAUUUGAUGGGGUAUUGAUACUUUUGUAAACCUCUAUAUAAUUACUGCGACACCAAGUCUGAUGACUAAACUGUAAGAUAUAUCAAUGAAGUUGCACCUGAGGACAAAAAACUGUCAUAAAAGAUCCUCAAUCAGCAUUUUUUUUUCACCAACCUGGAGGCGUUAAUAAAGGCCAUAAUAAAGCAGCCAGCAUUCCUUAUGGUGACGCUGACUCACCAUAGACACGACUCCAGUCGUUGACAUGUAUCCCCUGCGUGUGAUGACCGCACACACAAAUGUGCAUGUUUUUGCUACAGCUGUGAUACAGUGGGAACCUUGUGCAUUUGAUUCUGCCUGUCCGUGUAACUAAGUAACAAGUGCUCUGAAUGUCUUUAUCUGCAUGUUUGCUUCUUUAUUCAGUUUCCCCUGCUGCACAAGGGACCUGUUAUGCAGCUACCUGAAAUGCUACUUGAGGUUAGGGACAAUGUAUCCUGUCAGGUGGCUCCACACUCACCUCUGGGUCUUACUUUUUGAAAUAACAUAAAAGACCUUGAAUGGAAAAGUCUGAACCUUGUAAUAUAAAACGUGUGUACUUGUUUGAGACGCUCUAAAUAUAUCAUUUGGUUCGGGAUACACACCUUGUGUUGGCACAUUCAGCUGUACAGUGGUUGUUUAAAGAUGAUUUAAUGAUGAAAAAAAAACAUUAGAAGGUCAUUAAGACAUUUAAGUCAGACUGGAUUUUGAAGGGAGCUUUUCUCUUGAUUCACAAUAAGAUCACUAAAGGCACAUUUUGUAAAAAGACAAGUAUGUACAUGCUUGUUAACAUUUACACUCAUGCAUCUACAAUAGUAAACACAAAAACACGUUGAGAAAGGCACGGAGAUUUGCUUCUUGCAUUUUCUUUUCUAUUUGAAUCUACAUAAUUUUAGGCCCCCUUUUACAAAGUGCUUCACCCUGAAUGAUAAAUGUACAUUAAAUAGGACUCCAAUUUGAAAAUUUAAACAGUGUUGAUAGUUAAACUUUCAAUGCAAGUUAUGUAUUUAAUAUAUGAAAUAAAUAAUAAAACAAAACAAAAAAUGA